AUGGUGUCUUCAAAAUCAGAAACCGGUCUAAUUUACAACAUCAAGUUUUCCUCAGUUGGACCAGCAAAUGUAACAGGACAAGAUGUAGUUUAUGAGCCAAGCAAUAUUGAUUUAGCCAUGAAAUUACACUAUUUGAGAGGGAUUUAUUACUUUAAUAGCCAAGUAUUUCAAGAUGUAACCAUAUAUCAAGUUAAGGAGCCAAUAUUUUUAUGGUUUAACCAUUUUUAUAUGACAGCUGGUAGGUUUAGGAGAGCAGAAAGUGGGAGGCCAUAUAUCAAAUGCAAUGAUUGUGGAGCUAGGCUUAUUGAAGCACAAUGUGAUAAGACUAUGGAAGAAUGGCUAGAAAUGAAAGAUGCUACUCUUGAAAAAUUACUUGUUUCUAAUCAAGUUCUUGGUCCUGAGUUGGCUUUCUCUCCUCCAAUCCUCAUGCAG